AAAGGGAGCGGUCUUUAACACACAUUACGGUGAUACGAAGCUGUCAAACACAAACCGGAGACCUUUGUACAGCUGCUUUUAAAAGCUGCUACUAAAGAUAUGGAAUAUCUGAGAAGUCUGCUGUCGGAGGACUUCCAACGUUCUGUCUGUCUGGAUGUGUUCACUGAGCCAGUCUCAACACCGUGUCAACACACCAUCAUCAAUGCAUGUGACAUUUUACAGUGUCCAUUUUGCAGACUGAUAGUAUGUUGCAUUGUCCUUUUGUUUGUUUUUGUUUUUGUUUGUUUGGUUUGUUACUUCAUAUUGAUAUGUUGGAUUGAAUACCAAGACAGCUCAUUCCCAGCUAAGGUAGCUGCUGUGCAUGAGAAGUUUUUUCAAGUCAAAUCCUCGACUCCAGACUCCCAACUUCCUGAAACAGCUGACGUUCUUUGUGAUAUCUGCUCUGAGAGAAAGACAAAGGCUGUUAAAUCCUGCUUGAUGUGCCUAGCUUCUUUCUGUAAAGUGCACCUUGAGCCACAUCAUAGAGUCGCUGGUCUCAAAAGCCACACAUUGUUAGACCCUGUAAAGAACCUCGAUGACAGGAUGUGCAAAAUUCACAACAAGUUGACAGAACUGUACUGUAGGACAGACAAGGCCUGUAUCUGUGCCUUGUGUUUCAAAACCAAUCACAAGGGUCAUAAAGUUGUCCUGCUUGAGGAAGAAUAUGAAGCAGUGAUGUCAAAAAAAGAUGCAGCAAUGGCAAAUAUCCAAAAGAUGAUACAAUCACGGUCCAAGAAGAUUGCUGAAAUUGGAAACUCGGUUGAUAAAGCUAAGAAAGAGAAAGAAGCCAGUGUGCAGGUCUUCACUGACUUGAUCUCCUCCAUUCAGAGAUGCCAGGCCGAGCUUGUUGAGGUGAUUGAGGAGAGGUACGCAGCCACAAAGCAAAAGGCUGAAGGUUUCCUCACAGAACUGAAGAUGGAAGUCACCGAGCUCAAAAGCAGAAGCAGCCAGCUGGAGCAGCUGUCACAGUCUGAGGAUCACCAUCAUUUUCUCCAGAGCUUCCCAAACUUGUGUUCUCCUUUAAACAAAGACUGGACCAACACUGGUGUUCACAGUGAUCUGUCUUUUGAGGCAGUGAGAGAUGUUGUAACCCAACUGAAACACAGAGUUGAUGAAGUAAUGGAAGAGCUUCCUGAGAUCAAAAUAAAAAGAAUGAGAGGACAUGCAGUGGAUUUGACUUUUGACCCUGACACAGCAUAUUGCUCACUUGUCAUAAGCCAGGAUGGAAAACAAGUGAUAGCUGGAGACACAGAACAGAGUCCACCCAACAAUCCAAAAAGGUUUGAAAUGUUUACAGAGGUUUUGACAAAGGAGGGGUUCACAACAGGGAAGUUUUAUUAUGAGCUGCAAGUGGAAGGAAGUACUAGGUGGGUUAUUGGGGUGGUCAGAGAGUCAGUAAAUAGAAAGAUGGAUGCACCUCUGUCAGUUGAAAAUGGAUACUGGACCAUUGGGCUUGAUGAGGGUAUAUAUAGCGCACACAGGUCCACGGGACAAAGUGAUAAAAUCACAAUGAAAGAAAAACUUGAGAUGGUGGGCAUCUUUGUGGACUAUAAUAAGGGAGUGGUUUCUUUCUAUGAUGUGAUUUCUAAAUCACAUAUCUAUUCUUUCAGUGGCUGCCACUUUACAGAGAAACUCUAUCCAUACUUCUACCUGAAACCCAACAUAAAUGUAACUAACCCUGCCCCUCUCAUCAUGACACCUGUAACUCAAACACACUGAGUUUGUUAUCUUUAAAGACCACAUCAAAGUUAACACUGGUCUCUAAUAAUACACUGAGCAAAUCAGCUUAAAUAAUUAACAGCAACUUCCACAUUUUAUACUGGCAAUCAAAUUAGCUUCUUUAAUAUUGAAAAUGUUUUCUAUCUAUGCAUGUAUAUAUAAAAGAUGUUUGACACUAUCAGUAGUAUUCUGUUCCUUUCUUACUGUGUAUGUGUAGAUGUAAACUGACUAUAGUAAUAUUGUAGGUGUAUUGUCAGGUAAAAAUAUGUUAAAAUAUUCUGUUGCUCUCACAUGCACACUUUAAAUGUUUAAAUAUGUUUCCUGCAGUAAAGUGUAACAUUCCUGUCUAUAUACCCACUACUCUGACUGUGAUUUAUUUUAGAUGGAGGUGUGCAGAAAUGUACAGUACUGGAAAGAGAACACAAGUGUGUAUAAAGUCUUUAUUUAGUUGAUUUCUUGUAACUCACAGUGACUUGAAAUUCAAAGCUUUUGUGCGUUUGACGAGUGUGUGUAAAUAAACUUCACAUCUAGACUGA